AUGCGAUCUUUGAGGUGUGUGAGUCCACACCACACUGACACUUGUUGUGGUUUCGUGUGUUCGUGUGUGACUGGGUGCUGCUGUGUACAGAUUUCCCGGCAGAUGAAGAAGCUACGACUGGUGACACGUUUACCUGAGCGGUGCUGUAAGUUGCAGUGAAGGUCAGUGGUGAAUAAGGAAGGACAUUGUAAAAGGAGAUAGCAGAGGGAGUGAGCCAGCAGUGUGACACCUCUCCCCUGGGCUUAAGGCGUCUACACGUUCCAUCUGAUCCGGCUGGGUGUGCAGUCUGAUCGGCAGAAAUUACCCUGUGAGAGACGAAGACGCUAAAGCUGCUGCUGACACAAACUUAGUCUAGGGAUAAAGUGCUGGGUGAUGGACUGCUGAGCAGCUACAUUGCUACAAAGCGAGCUGAGAGCUGAUUGAUCAACAGGACUGACAGACAUGGGAAAGCAGAACAGCAAGCUCCGUCCUGAGGUGAUGCAGGACCUGCUUGAGAGCACCGACUUCACCGAGCAUGAGAUCCAGGAGUGGUACAAGGGCUUCCUAAGGGACUGCCCCAGCGGGAACUUGUCCAUGGAGGAGUUCAAGAAGAUCUAUGGUAACUUUUUCCCCUAUGGAGAUGCUUCAAAGUUCGCCGAGCAUGUGUUUCGCACAUUUGAUGCUAACGGUGAUGGGACAAUAGACUUCCGGGAGUUUAUCAUUGCACUAAGUGUGACAUCACGUGGCAAGCUGGAGCAGAAGCUGAAAUGGGCGUUCAGUAUGUAUGACCUGGAUGGGAACGGGUACAUCAGUAAAGCUGAGAUGCUGGAGAUAGUACAGGCAAUCUAUAAGAUGGUGUCCUCAGUGAUGAAGAUGCCUGAGGAUGAGUCUACACCUGAGAAGAGGACAGAGAAGAUCUUCAGGCAGAUGGACACCAACAGGGACGGUAAACUUUCUUUGGAGGAGUUCAUCAAAGGAGCUAAGAGCGACCCCUCCAUCGUCCGCCUGUUGCAGUGCGACCCCAGCAGUGCAGGACAGUUCUAAACCUGAAGCAUCGACAUAACCUUGCUUCUUUAGGUGACUCCAAAUGCCCUUAACUCUCCACCAUGGAGCAGACUGAUGAUGAAGGAGGAUGAGCUGAUAAUGAUGAUGAUGGUGAUGAUGAAGAGGGGCCUUCAAUUUGCAGUGAGGACUUCAAAGACGGACACAGGAGCCACAUUCUCCAGUUUUUUUCACCUAAAGCAGUUUUUUCUAAAACUUCCAAACUCCAACAAAAACUGAACCUGAAGACUUUCCCACACCCUCAUCAGGUUUUCUAACCCCGCUGAUUGUAUUUGACCAGGACUCCUCAGUUCUCCUUUAGGCAUGUCAGAGUGUGAAGAAGGUCUACAGUAGGUUGUAUAUAUAUACAGUAUAAACUGGAGUUUCUGUAUCAGUGUGUUUGCUUGGCUCUCUGUGCCCCCUGAGCUUCCAGGGUGACACAGAGCCUCCAUCACUCAAACGUGUGUCAUAGAUGGAGUGUGUGCAUGAGCCGACAGACGAAAGAUGAUGGUGUUAAACAACAGCACGUAACAUAGUUGAGAUCAUGGAAUUUACAGAGAGGACUCUUUGUCCUUCACUCAGAAUGAGUACUGCUUUUAGUUUCCUCUUUUCUACUGUGAGAAUGUGUACGCAUGUUUGAGUAUUUUUGCAAACUUGAUAGAUUUUGUUUCAUAUUUUGUUCUGGGACAACAAGAACAUGUUAUAUUAUGCUACUAUGCAUAUACAGUACACCCUUAUCAAUAGUCAGAUUUUGUGACGUGUCGCUGAUGUGAUGAAGGAUGAAAUGUAUCCCCAUCAUCUGUUCCAGUGGUUUUUCAUAUCAGUUAGAACUUGACAGCUAUAGAGCUACAGUGUCACUGAGCUCUGUCUUCAGGUCAAAUAGAAAACUAGUCGUUAAAGUAUUAUGAGUAGUGUAGAUAUUUUAAAAUGCAACUACAUUUGUAAAGCAAAUUCACAUAGUCCAGAAUGCUUAGUUCAUAACAAAUGUUGUGAAAUAAUAAUUUUAAAAAAUCUGUCUGUGUAGUUAAGCUGUUGCAGGAUAUAAAGCAUGCAAACCACUUUCUUUAUUUUCGACACGUACUGCGUGAAGAAGAGACACACAUCUGCAUGUUGAAUCAAUCCUUGGAACAGUUGGGUACAGCAGUGCAUAGACUAAAUAACAUAUGCAUGUGACUUGUGCGCAUGUGUGUGUUUUUAAUGUGUGUUUAUGGAUAUCGGGGACUAGUCGUCCACCAAGCUCUGUACUCACUUCUGUAUGUUGGUAUUGUCAUCAUUAGUACGACCAGAAUUCGGUGUUGUUGGUGUAUGGACUGCCAAAGAUGACACAUCUGAAGGUUCAUAACUUUAUGGGGGAAAACAAAGAGGACGAACGCCAUCCUCACCAAACUACACAUAAUGACACAUGCUGUUCAACAGAGAUGCUGGUCAGUCAGAGCAAAGAUAUUUUUUCUGUUGCAGUUGAGCUCAGUAAUUAUCCGUAAAUUGCCCAAUUCUGAGUUUAUACUAAUCACUAAAUGGUAUCUACAUAAUUUAUAGUAUUACAUAAAAUCAAUGGCAACUUAAGUGCUGAUGUCCCACUUAUAAAAACACUUACAAGAAAUUAUUGACUUUAGAUUUCUCACUUUCUCACUUCCUCUCUCCGUCCUUCUUUGCUCAGCUGCAACUAGAAACUUAUAAACAGAGAAGAAAGCUCCCUGGCUCACCCCAUAGAUACUUGUUGGAGUUUGAGCCGGGAGCAGGGAACGUACCUGAGCAAAGCUGUUUCAGUUAUUACAUUGGUUCCCUUUUAGAAAAAGCUUUGAAUGUUUUAUUAAAUAACUGCUGUUUUUUUUUUUGUAAAGAAGAAAAAAGAUGCAGACAAACACACAGAGAAUCACAACUACUGCAAUGACACUGUCACAAUGUGUUGCUUUUACUGUAUUUUUAUGAUUUUGUUCCCUUUUAAGCAGUGUCAAGUAAAACAUUUCUGUUAAAACACAAAAAAGCAUCUUGUGCCAAAUAAAAACAAAAAACAGUAUUGUAUAAAUUUAUACUGUACAAAUGUUAUCUGCUGAACAAAAUAUUUGUAAUUGUCGCAUUUUGUAGGUUUUGUAUGGUAUUCUGUAUUUUAGUGACUGCAGUUUUUUGGCAAAUGAUUCUGUUUUUUGUCAACUUUAAAAGGCUAGAAUUAAAUUUACAAAGUAUUGUGUGCAACCAUUCAAAUGAUGUUUGUUUAGUUGUGUAAUUGUGGUUUUCAUUUCUAGCAUGAUGAAUAAAUCACAGAAAGUGUUUUUGAUCAGA